AUGGUCGCCGCCCUCGAGCGCGACGUGUCCGAGCACCGGCUGAGGCGCCUCCAGCUUCAGCGCUCCAACGAGGCGCUCCGUGAAAUGCUUCGCGCUCACCAUGGCGUCCCUGGUCCCCCGGUGGGCAAUCCCUCGGCGCUCGUCGGGCUGCGCCGCGACUCUAUCGGCUAG